AUGUCGAGUACAACAGAUGACAAAGGCAAUGGCAAUGGCAAUGGCACAGACAAAACAGCCAAGCCAGUCAAGUCGAGGAGAGCCAGUCGACCCAAGGUCAAGACGGGCUGCAAUAAUUGCAAGAUCCGCAGAGUCAAAUGCGACGAGACGCGACCGCAAUGCAAUAAAUGUGUUCGUGCGGCAAGGCAUUGCGAUGGAUAUCCAGCGUACAGACGAACCACCGAGGCUGCCAUCCCAAUUGCGCCGCGACCCGGAGGAAACAACGCAUCCUCCUAUCCUGCGAUAGCUUCAUCUUCUACCUCAUCUUCUUCCUCGGCACUACCUCCAGCAUCGAGAUCAAUUAUAGUUCGGAAACCGCCGCCGCGCCCAGCCCAGAAGCCUCGUCCUACCCCGCCUCCAACACCAGUCAUGGACUUGAAGCCAACACUAUACAGUCCCGGGGGCUUCGCGUUCGAUGUACAAGAGGGGCAAUACUUCCAGGUCUUUCGCACACACACUGCCAGCGAGCUCUCGGGAUUCUUCGACUCGGAGUUCUGGACAAGGAGUGUGCUGCAAGAAAGUAAUUCCGAGGCUUCAAUACGGCAUGCCGUGGUGGCAUUAGGUGCUCUAUACAAGACCUUGGAGAAGGCUUCAGAGUCACCGCCUACAUCUCCAGAUAACAAUUCCUACGAUACGGCUCCGAAUCAUUAUAACUUUGCAUUACAGCAAUACGGGAAAUCCAUCACUAGACUACGAGAAGCGCUACAAUACAACGAAACACGAUCUCAACGAACAAUAUUAAUAUCCAUCGUCCUAUUUACAUGUUUUCAAUCCUUCACAGGCGACCACAGGGCCGCAAUCUCGCAGAUCCAGCAUGGACUUGGCCUGCUAGAAGAAAGACGACAAGAUGCCAAACAACCUCUGAUCCGACGACAGGGAGAGGAGGUGGAGGAUGAGCUGAUUCAGAUGUUUACCCGUCUCGCCAUCCAGGCCAAAUCCUACGACAUGGCCUUCCAUUUUCCACAUCCAUAUGUGAUUCGUCUCAGCCCUUCAAACCAUCCGACAUCACCUCAAUCAGCCCCCUCUCCGUCCGAUUCAUCAUCCACAUCGUCCCUCGAGUCUCAAAUCCCAGAUAUUUUCAAAACAUCCCAAGAAGCGCGCUCCUCUCUUGAUGCGCUAUGCGAGCGUAUAAUGCGUUUCACAGAAGCGCUCUCGUUCUACUACCAAGGACCAAACAACAUCCUACCCGCCUCAAUAAAAUCAUCUGGCUUGGGCUUUCGCACACAACUCGCGCAAUGGGCCGCGGCCUUUGAACCACUCCUCAACUCGCGCGGAAGACCAGGGAUUACUAAUACCGAGCGCGCAGGUAUCAACGUCUUAAAAAUGCUUCAAAUCAUGACCUCGAUUCUGUUCCUUAUGGGAUUCAGCACAUCUGAAAUGGAUUUUGACAACUUUUAUCCGCAGUUCAAGGAGAUUAUCGAUUUAGCGCAGGAGGUAGUAUUACAUGAAGAGUUGAGUCUUGCGCAGGCGAAAUGCGGGGAUACUCCGAGAUGCAGGCACAGGCACAGGCAGCGUGCGACAGAAGAGUGGCGGUCAAAUCCAGCGACACAUUUCCCUGGUCUGGCAGCACAUCAGCCCGAUACAUACCGGGAGGAGGACGGGUAUGCGCAUAUCAAAGCCUCCUUUGCUCUCGAUCUCGGCAUCGUCCCUCCCCUCUUCGUGGUUGCAACAAAAUGCCGAGACAGAAAACUCCGCCGGGACGCGAUCAAGCUCUUGAUGGUUAGCCCGAGAAGAGAGGGGAUGUGGGAUAGUAUUCUUAGUGGUAAAGUGGGGCAUACGUUGGAUAUGGGGAUGGGGACUAUGGAUGGUGCUGUUGUGGAGAAGGAUAGACGGAUUAUGGUGAAAGAAAUCCUAUUUGAUUUGCAGAAACGGGAGGCCACACUGAGAUGUGGAACGAGGGGUGCGAGGGAGGGUGAUGAGGAUUCGAGGGUGAAUGAGACGCAAAUCUUCUGGUGA